AAGCGCUACACGUCACAUAUAUUUUAUGUCAUAGUUGUCAGAUUUAUUUCCGCUUUUAUCUUUCUUUUUCUAAUUGUGGACGGCGAAAGACACAAUGGGUCGACGUCCAGCUAGAUGUUAUCGCUAUUGUAAAAAUAAACCAUAUCCCAAGUCAAGAUUUUGUCGAGGUGUUCCAGAUCCAAAAAUCCGUAUUUUUGAUUUAGGAAAAAAGAAGGCCACAGUGGAAGAUUUUCCAUUAUGUGUACAUUUAGUAUCUGAUGAAUACGAACAGCUAAGUUCUGAAGCUCUGGAAGCAGGUCGCAUUUGUGCUAAUAAAUAUUUAGUUAAGCAUUGCGGCAAAGAUCAAUUUCACAUUCGAAUGAGAUUACAUCCAUUCCAUGUCAUCAGAAUAAACAAAAUGUUGUCAUGCGCUGGAGCUGAUAGGCUUCAAACAGGUAUGAGAGGUGCCUUCGGAAAGCCUCAAGGUACUGUUGCACGUGUACAUAUUGGACAACCAAUUAUGUCAGUUCGAUCAACCGACAAAUUUAAAGCUCAAGUUAUUGAAGCUUUGCGUCGUGCUAAAUUCAAGUUCCCAGGUAGACAAAAAAUAUUCGUAUCCAAACGCUGGGGUUUCACAAAAUAUGACCGUGAACGAUUUGAGGAAUUGCGUGAUGCAGGCCGUUUAGCUCCAGACGGCUGUAAUGUCAAAUAUAGACCAGAACAUGGUCCUAUGGCAGCAUGGGAAAAAGUACAACGUGAUUUACAUGCUGAAUAGGCGUGAUUAUUUUAUAUUUUAAAGAAAAAAACUAUUAAACAAUUUGAAAUAUC